AUGGAUAGAAAAUCAUGCACUAUUGGAGAGUUUAGUAGUUUCCCUAUCAAAAGGAGUUGUAAUGUAGAUAUUCUCCAAUUUGAGGAUGACACAUUAUUGGUGGGUGAGGGUUCUUGGAAGCAAGUGAGGGCGAUAAAUACGGUGUUGCGGGUGUUUGAAAUUGUUUCAGGCCUUGGAAUUAAUUUUCAUAAAAGUAAGCUUAUUGGUGUUAAUGUUUCUCCUUCCUUUUUGGAUGCGGCCGCGUACUUUCUUGCUUGUAAGAAGGAAGAUAGUGUUUUAUCUUUUCUUGGCAUACCCGUUGGUGGUAAUCUAAGAAAAUAUUCUAUGUGGCAACCGUUGUUGAACAAGAUGAAAAAAAGAUUGUCGGGAUGGAAGAAUCGAUUCCUCAAUCUUAGUGGCAGGAUCACUCUAUUAAAGUCUAUUUUGAGCUCCCUCACUAUUUUCACUAUGUCCUUUUAUUUGAUACCGAAAAGAGUGGUGAAAGAUUUCACUAGUCUUCAAAGUAAUUUCUUAUGGGGUGGAGUGGAGGAAAAGAUGAAAGUUUAUUGGGUGGGGUGGGAUGUUGUUACUUUACCUUACUUGAAGGGUGGAUUAAAUAUUAAAAGUUUAGCGGAUUUUUAUUUGGCUCUUAUUAACAAAUGGAGGUGGAAGAUUUUACAAGGUCAUAAAGCUUUGUGGUAUGAUAUUUUGAAGGCCCGCUAUGGUGAUUUGUCCAUUCUUGUCCUUUGUGGAGGUAAAGCUUCUAAUGACUCUUCUUCUUCGUGGUGGAGGGAUAUUUUAAAAGUUGGUCAUUGUGGUAUGCCGGAUCCUAUGGUCUCUCAUUGUGGUUUUAAGUUGGUUUUAAUUGGGGGUUUGAUGGAAACAAAGGAUGCGGUGGUUUGGCUUAAAGAUUUGGAUAGGGGAUACUUGGUUUCAUCUUGUUAUGGCAUUUAUGCUUCUUUCCGUGUUCCGUUGGGACCUCCUAAUAGGGAGGAAAGGGGUCAUUCUUUUUUCAAUUGUGUGGUGAUUAAGAAAGUGUGGAAAGAGAUAACUCUUUGGGUGAGUUUUUCGUUAUUGGAGGAGGAUGAAUUUCUCCCUCAUUUUAUGGGAUGGUAUUCGUUUUUCCGUGGUAAAAAGAUAAAAGAAGGCAAAUUGGGUGUGUUUUGGCUUGCAACCUCUUGGGCGAGUUAG